AUGGACAGCCGAGCUGUUCACAUGUAUCUCGAAACGGUCAUCACCAUGCAUCGUCCUCAACAUUCUUUUUCGGCUUCCUCCACAUCGUCAACACUGCUCCUGAUCAUCCCACGCUUAUCAUCCCCUCGAAACUACUCUACAUUAACGCAAAGACACGCCCUCCCCCAUCUAUUUACAACUCGUUUCCUUCAUAACGACCAACCUGUAUCACUUCUCUGCACACUCCCCGGUCACUCUUCACCCUCCACACCACAAGCGACAAUCAAUGCCAACGCGAUCAUCACCACUUUCCUAUCUUUCGAGCUACCCAGCAUUCGUUUAAGCAGAAAAAGAAAGAAGAGGCCUUCGUCCCCGCGUCGUCGAGUCGCAUCCACUCCCCCGCCACGCGUCAAACCUCCUCCACCUAUCUUCAAUCCUGGUCACACCUUUCCCUUCUCACGCGCCCAGUCUACUCCACGUCGCUCCUAUCGCUCGGUUCAGGAGCUCUUCGAAGAGAUCGACUGCGCCGACCCUUCCCAAUCCACAACGUCCCGCUUUGCAAAGUCCCAGGCGGUCACGCCUCCGGCAAAGAAACCAGACCCCACCAAGUGCAACCCUCGCGAUAGAGCGGUUGUUCGCAAGCUCUUUCAAGAGUUGCAGGACUUUCCGAAUCGGUCACACACUACCCGACGACCAGUUUCAACGCACCCCGCGUCUUUCGUCCCGGAUAAAUCAAGGAGAUCGACCUGGACAGGAAACAAAGGUGACAACAUGCCGAAAGGAAACGAUUUUCAUCAUCCUGUCUCCAACAGCAGCGAGACCGAGUUGGCUAGCGAAGUAGUUACAGAGAUUGAUCAACCCUCAGAAGUUGAGCCGUACGAAGAAGUAUACCGUUACGAACCCGGCAGCGCCAGCGGACCUACAGAAGCUCAUAUUUACAAGGUUGAAGAUGAUGGAGACGAUCGAACCACGACACAUCAUCUGUGCGACCACGGAGAUGAGAGCGAGCAACAGACCGAGUUUCAAACAGUUGAUGAUGGUCAUUACGAGGCUGCACGAAUCAUCAUCAAGGAGCACUGUCACCAGGAAGAACAAACUGACGUCCAAGGCACAUAUCGCGAGUACCAGGAACAGGUUUACGAUGGACACCAAGAACAAGUCUAUGAAGAACAUACUGAGACCAACCGAAACAGCGCCAAUACAGCAAACAGCUUUGAUGAAGUCGCAAAGGAAAUGGCGCAAGACUUGCAAGUCUUGGAUAGGGCUGAUGAUAGCGACCUGCGAAAUCUUGCCGAGCUCAUCCCUGAGCGCAAUCAGGAUCGCAUCUUCUCAGAAGAUGAGCCGUCCCGAGUAGACGACGACGGGCAUGAAAGAGUGCAUGAGGUCGGAAGAACUUCGCAAGGACAACCAGUCAUCGAGGGAACAGAUUUCAUCACUCAAGUUGGCGACGAAGACGACGACAAUGAUGGAGCUGAAAGCGAAGACUCCGAGCUACUACCUGAGCUACCAAAAGCUCCCCCAUCGUUCGUGUUCAGAACCGAGCGACUUUCAAAGAAUGUUGCCGACGCAAUGGCAAACGUAUGGGAUCGUUUCUGGUCGGAAGAUGUGAAACAAAUUUCAGGAAUUAUCAAGAAUCGCUUUUCCCAACUGCUCCCGUAUAUGAAGCGAUUCGUGGCUCACUUGGUAGCAUUCUGGGGUGGCAUUACAUAUCUUCGACGUGCCCUCACUGCAUUUGUUCGCAUCCUAAACAGAGAUGAAAGGAUCCGCGAGCUAUUAGAGAGGGUCGGGUGGGCCUCGGCGACGACUGUCAAAGUUUUCCUCUCCAUUUGCGGAAUGGUUAUGCAGGCAACUCUGCAAAUGUAUUACCUCAUGAGAAACAAGAUCAUCCCUGACACCAGAAGAGUCAUUCCGAUCGUCUAUUAUAAGGCAGUUGUCAAACUUCUCAAGCUUGCCGAACAUUCUCCUUGGGCACUAGUUCUUGGGCCUUUCAGCCUAACUUUUGCGAUUGAUUCUUCCAAGAUACCAGAUCGGUACUUUUUGCAUAACAAACUCUCUGUUCCAGAGGAAGAUGUUACCUUCGCUAGUGCAGAUGGAGUUCAGACACUGGUUCAAUCCGUUCGUGAGAGUAUCCACCGUACUCGGUAUGGAUACGGGUCUCAGCAAUCAACUCCAGUGCAUACGCAAACGACGGACGAAAUGCCGUACCCACCGCCAUCUGAGUACACGGUAUCGCAGUUCCCAGAAGAAAACAACAUUGAGAUUGAGCAGCACCACCAUCACCAUCAUGCCUCAAAACAUGUCAAAGAAACGGUUUCUCGAUACGCACCAUUGACUGAACGCACCAACCAUGAUGCGCACAAUCAUGUAAAACAAUAUUUGCAUGAGGCUCUCUCGCUAUGUUGA